GAAAUCUCGCGAUGGAGGGAGGAGAAGGUGCACCCCCAGGCGGGCGUCGAGAAGCGAGGCGGCCCGGGCCCGGUCUCUCUGCGCGGUCGGGAGCUGGCAGCGCGCAGCGCAGCCGCUGGGGGCUCUUGCUCACCGGUGUCGCGGGCGGUGCCCUGGUGGCCGUGUAUGCAGUGGCCACGCCGUUUCUCACCCCGGCCCUCCGGAAGGUCUGUCUGCCUUUCGUUCCUGCAACUGCGAAGCAGAUUGAAAAUGUGCUGGAGAUGCUGCGGGCCCGACGAGGCUCCCUGGUGGACAUCGGCAGUGGCGACGGGCGCGUUGUGAUAGCGGCUGCGAAGGAGGGAUUCACAGCGGUCGGUUAUGAAUUGAAUCCCUGGCUGGUGUGGUACUCCAGGUACCGGGCUUGGAGAGAAGGUGUUCAUGGCUCAGCCACGUUUUAUAUUUCAGAUUUGUGGAAGGUGUCCUUUUCACAGUACUCGAACGUGGUCAUCUUUGGAGUGCCUCAGAUGAUGCCACAGCUGGAGAGGAAACUCGAACUCGAACUCGCGGGUGACGCGCGCGUCAUUGCCUGCCGCUUUCCCUUCCCGCACUGGACGCCGGCCCACGUCACUGGGGACGGAGUGGACACCGUGUGGGCUUACGACGCGAGCACUUUCAGGGGCAGGGAGAAGAGGCCCUGAGACCAGGUCUUCAGUGGUCACUGAGAUGCACUGGUGCGGAUUGAAAUCACUGUUUCUGUCCUUAACUUUCGGAGGAAACAAACAGAAGUUAAGGAAAACAGGCAAAUUUAAAAUCCACUGCUAAUGGAAUAUUUUCAGAAAAAAGUGCGUUCUGCCCUUUGAUGUCCUAGGGGUGGGAAGCCGUCUGCAGCUUUCUACCUCGUAAACAGUGCGGCCCAAUGCCACUGAUGAGGAGACAGUCUUUAGAGAGUGUAUAGAUUGGCCAGAGUUUUAGUUUCCUGUCACUUUCUUCAUACUUAAGAUUUACCUUUUCUUUACGGAAAAAUUAACUUUCUUGAGGAUUCAGGGAGGUGUUUACAUUGAUAGCAUUUAUUGGACAUCAUUUGCUCCAAGAUUAGUAGGCUGCUACAUGCUGUGGAGCCUAACGUGUAUAUUUGAGUAGGUGUUUAUAUGUGUGCAAAGGGGUGUGCGUAGACAUGCGUUUUGACAUUUCUGGGGUGUGACGGACCUCCAGCUGCAGGUGUCUCAUAGCUGUAACUGGCAGUGCGUCCACCUUGGUGUGGUUCUAUGUUACACCAUUUAGAGAGGUGUCAUGGUAUGAGGGCGUAGCUGGCAAUGGCUAGGGAGUGAGGCAAGCCCAUGUGAAAGCACAUGCCCAUGAUGGCCUUCGGGGGGCUGAGGCGGGAGGGUCACAGG